CCCUCAUUUCCUAUCAUCUCCCAGCACAGACUCAGCAGAGGAAACGGAAAAGACGAAACACAGGCUACAAGAAGGUUUUUCAUUUCAAAACCCCGGGGCUGUGGAAAAGAACACAGAACUCAAUUUUUCCGGAUUAAACGUGUCCUCACUUUUCGGCUUCAUCUUUGAGACCCCUGCCUGGGCUUUCCGCUCCGUUGUUUCCACUUUUGUUAGUUUUUUUUUGCUCCAUCUUCUCUCCAGCUGUUUGCAGCUGGCAGAAAGCAUCCGCCCUGUUCGGGUAAGAAGGGGAAAAAAAGAAAGUUUGGGUCCGAGAGUGACCGGAGGAGGAGAGAGAUGCCACCCCCAGCGUCCCAGCCGCAGGUGAGGCAGAACAUCGUGAAGUUCCUCAAGAGUUUUUUGGGAAUCACGCGGAUCCUGCAGAUCGUGUUCGGCGCCGGACUGUGGGUCACCAUCGCCGCCAACAAGUACGAGGGCUCCAUUCACUUCGUGCUCUUCGUCGCCGUGCUCUUCUGGCUCCUCACGCUCGCCCUCUUCUUCGUCACCCUGCUGGACAAGCAGGACCUGGUGCCGCUGCUGGGCGGAGACCGCUGGCUGUGCACGAACCUGGCGCACGACGUGGCCGCCGCCGCGCUCUACCUGCCGGCCAUCGGCGUCAUGAUCUACAAGACGGACCGCAACUCCUACUGUAACCUGGAGCAGUACAAGCACCUCUGCCUCUACAAGGUCUACCUGACGGCCGCCGUGUUCGCCUGCCUCUGCUGCGUCGCCUACCUGAUGUCCGUUAUUUACGACGCGUGCAGGAAGUGUCGUGGUGAGCAGACGGUGAUCUGAAGAGACUGGAGAGAGGUGUGAGGAUGAGGAGGGUGGGGGUGUAUUAACUACAAGAUGAGGAAUAGUUCACUUCACUGUAAUUUAACUCAACAGCUACUCUUAUCACCUUUGUCUCCUCAAAAACCAAAGUUUACAGGCGACGUUGAAUCACAGAAUAUCACUCUGUGGCCUCACAGUCAGCGUUUAAAGGUCCAGUGUGUGACAUUUAAUCAAAGACGCAUACGUGUGUUCAUAUGGUAGUAUAAUCUGUUCUUGUAGACUAACAAUGAGCCUGUUAGGCAAGGGUCACUUGUGAUGCACCAUGGAAUCAUUCAAUCACAGUGAAUUCACUGAAAGAGAGGAGUGUGGGAGUGGCUAUUUUCUUUCACCAACAAACAUGGCUGAAAUGACUCAAGUAUAGAGGAAGUAGAGGUGUGGUAGAGUGACCACAUACCACAGCUAAAAUUUUGGCACUUUUCCACUUUACAGUUGUAGCAAGACUGCUCGACUCGUUUGCGCAACGUCAAUGCGUACGCAGCGUAGAGCAAUUAAACCGACUUAAAAAUCCUGAAAACAUGCGUUAAUCUCCAACAUUUAGCGAAGGAAAUUUCUAAAAUCUCUAUAUAUUUAUAAUAUUUAACAGAGGAGUCUGGUGUAUUUCGCCCCCGAAUCACAACCCCUUCUGUUGCAUUUUAGUUCAGUGACUGUAUCAGACUCCGGUCAUGCAGGAAGUACUGAACUUUUUAGUGAACUGAUUCUAAUGAUUCAGUACAUCGGAAGUAGCUGCUUUGCUCACUAUGGCGACCCCACCCAUGUGGAGAACGACGUGUCUGAUACCAUCAGAGUAGAGUUGAGCCGAAUAGCGCCGCAACUGUAGAAUGGAAAAGUACCAAAUGUCAUGAUGUUGGUUAUAUGGAGACGCUGAUUAGUUAUUGUGAAAUGACAUCACAUGAUAUUGACAUGCAAGUUGAAAUAUUCCAACACAACAAGGGAUCUGUUGUUAAAUUCUGAUUUUAAAUGUGUGUGGUGUGAACACACAGUCAAAGAUGUCACAAAUGUGUACACACUGGACCUUUAAAGUUUACUAACAUGAACACAGCCCCUCAGAGGCUAAUCAAGAGUCCUAUAGAGGCUUUAUCUGCACAGGGAGGUCUGAGUCUGAUUGGAAAUGUAAAAGUGUUUGUGUGCCUCCACUGCCUAAAUGUAUUAUUCAGUCAUUUAAAGAUGUAGUAGGCAGGAUCGCUUAAAAAAAAAAAAAGUAGGUUGUUGCAUUUCCAUACGCUGAACACUAAUGCUACAUCCACAUUACUCUGUUUUCAUUUGAAAAUCAUGACCGUUGAAAACAAGGAUACUCACACCUGCUUCCUUCUUAUUGGAUACAACUUCUCGACUAAAAGCUGUGUGUGUUAUAGGUGUUAUUACACAAAGUUGACUUGUUGAUACUUUUUAACGUUGUUGUGUCUGUUAUUUUCUGAAACCAGAGGGAAGAAUCAGCUUCCUGUUUACACAAACACACAUGUACACACGUGUGUACCUGAAUUGCCAUGUGAUAUGUCUUUAGAUGAUAUAGAUUACUUCUGAUAUAGAACAGUGAAAAUGAUGAUGAUCUGGAUGCAGAUAAUUUUUAUUAGAAAAUGCGUAGUGUGGAUGUAGAAUUAAAGGCCACAGUUCUGGAACUAACUGCCGACGUUGACACGUUUAACUUAGUUCAUUGUCCGUUCAUUGUCCUUUUUCUUUUUUUUUCUUUAAAAUUUCUCAGUCGAACAGGCAGUUGUUGCUGGUGCUGGAGUGAAUAAUUUCUCCAAAGAGACUUGUAUAUAGAAAUGCGUUCACUUUAUUUCUGAACAUUUUACUGAAAGGUUAUUAUGGAAUUAUUGAUCCACAACGACCAAAACUAUCCUGCCUACUGUACCUUUAAUGCUCUUUACCCUUAAAGAGAAUUAAAAUUAUUAUUCCUGUCAGGACUAAUUACAGUGGAUAUGCAGUAAGUUUAUAGUACAAAGCCUCAAUGUAUAGUAUGUUUUGUAGAUGUUCUAACAGCUCAUCUAAAACACGCUUAAAAGUAUUAAUUUCCAAAAUGGAUUGUUUUCUAAUCUUUUUAAAAAAAUAUAUAUAUAUAGUAUAUAUUUUUAUCCGUUUUAUAUGUGUGUUUUUUUAAUGAAAGCAAACUAUACUGAACAGUUAUAGUGAAGCGUGAUGGACUAAUACUUUUGAUCGGCUCUGUUUUUGUUAUUUGUCUCGUUCAAACAUUGCAUUUCGUCGCUUCAGUCAGUGCUGUGAGUGCUGUAGACGACUCAACAACAUGGAUGUGAUUGGUGCUAUGACGUGUGUGCUGAUGAAAAAACAAGCUAUAUACCCCAAGUCUUCGUGAUGUAAAUCCAUAGAGCAAAAAAAAUAAAGAGCAGUAAGUCAUA